GUUCUAGCCUACAGGCCGUAACUCACCUAGCAAACCCUGACGCGACGCGGAAAGAAAGAGGUUCAUGAAUUUCUGCAAGCGCCUCACUUCACAGUCGUCAGUCUUCAGAGGCAAGGUCAGACUCACAGUUCAGCUCCAUGACUCUGCUCAUCUCUACCUGAUUCCGUCUCGCAGCUACCUAGGUACUACCUACAGCUAGGCGUCUUCAGCAGACCUUCAGGCCUUCAGGCGCCAGCCUCAGGAUCAGCUUGCUCGUGUUGGCUUGCCAGCUCGUGCUCCUUGCAGGCUGGACCGUGGUUGUUAGCAAUUUCGAGCCCUUCAUCCGCUGCACGAACUGCGUGUAGACGCCUUGGUAACUUUGUCUUGAAGGAGGGUAGGCAAUUGCCCAGGUUUGAGGAGCUGCCUGUGCUUCUACAAAAAAUGUCGAUUCUUACAUACAAUGGCAGUGCGAUUAUUGCCAUGAUGGGCAAGAAUUGCUUCGCCAUAGCAAGCGACAGGCGGCUGGGCAUCCAACAGCAGACACUUGCAACCGACUUUCAGCGGAUCUUCAAAAUCCAUGACAAAUUGUACAUCGGACUCUCUGGCUUAGCAUCGGAUGUGCAGACACUGCACGAGCGGUUCGUCUUUCGGCACAAGCUGUACAAGCUGCGGGAGGAGAGGGACAUGAAGCCAUCCACCUUCGCAAACCUGGUCUCAUCAAUGUUAUACGAGAAACGGUUUGGCCCCUAUUUUGCGGAGCCUGUGAUCGCGGGCUUGAACUCGGACGGAUCGCCCUUCAUCUGCACAAUGGAUCUUCUGGGCGCAAAGCAAUUCUCCAGUGAUUUCGUCGUUUCCGGAACCGCGUCUGAGUCACUCUAUGGGGCCUGCGAAUCCAUGUACAGACCAGAUUUGGAGCCCGAAGACCUCUUUGAGGUGAUAUCUCAAGCUCUGCUUUCAUCUGUGGACCGCGAUUGCCUGAGUGGCUGGGGCGGCAUUGUCCACAUUGUCUCUGAAAAUGAGGUCAUCACCAGGACGCUCAAGGGCAGGAUGGAUUAGCGUGUCCUUGUAUCUCUUCUUCCUUCGAGGACCCGCUUUUGGUAAGUGCAAGUGCGCCUUUCAAUCAUAGCGAGAGGCGGCAGGCUCGAAGCCAAAAGCAGUGACUGUAACCUUGAAUUCGAAAUGUGCCCGCCCAAUCCGCUUUCCAAGAUUAUUGAGGUGGCAUGUCGCGUGGAAGUGUAUGAUAGGACACACUCGGGAACCUUGAUCAAGAGGUUGCAGGGGGCUUACUGGCUGUGCUAACUUGUUAUCCGACUUGGAUCAUUGAGCUGACGAGAUGGUCUGUUGCAUAACUUUCUUCGAAAUGCAGAGACGAGUGAGCUGCAACUUGGAAUACAUCCUGAACAGCUUAUAGCAUUUGGCCAUGUUGAGGCUAGGCUUGCACACAUGCCAGUAGAAGUCAUGAAUCCCGGCAGCUAGGUUGGGUCCUCCAGAUUAGAGGCCGGUUAGAAAUAUCCUGAUGAAUUCAGGGUUGCAGUCAAUGCUCGGAUCCCAUGCGGCCGCCUCAUCCAGUAUGCAUGGAUGUUUGCAGGACCGCAUAAGACGUACGUGCGUUUAAUUUGGCGACAUAGAUCACUUAGAUUCUGUAUUAUUACGUACUAAGCGCGUGCACUGG